CACACACACCCUCACUCGUGCAGAGAGCCGAUUGCUGGGAGGGUCGAGCGUUGUCGGCAGGUCUUGAACAAUCUUGCACGUGUGUAUCUGGAGCUUGAAUUUUAGAUGCUUUCUUCCCUUAUCUUCUUCUUUCUUCUGCUCUCCUCUUCCUCCUCUCCCCUCCUCCCGAUCACCUUUGGGUUGUUUUCCUUGCCUUUUUCCCCUCCCCUCCCCUCUUCAUCCUCUAUGCCUUUCUGACUUGCAUGUUUAGUGUGCUCAGACCUUUCUUGCGUUUCUUGAAAAAUUGAAAGUGCACACGGGACAGGAUGCUAUAGCAGUUUGGGCUCCAUGUGUCCUUCAGGGUCCACUAAAGAAAACAAGACUCCACUUGUAGCAAAAGAUGACUUUAUAUACCGUUAUGUGGAACUAAAGCUGUUACUUUUUUAACCUGUCUGCAUCACUAGGCACUUGCUUUUUUGAGACUCUGGGACUGAUCAGGCUUUUUUUUUUAAUCACAACAAUGUGGAGCAAACUGUGCCAGCUUUCAGCACAGAUCUUUCUCUUGGGAGUGAUGCUGUCAGUGGUGAACAGCAAAGGGACUUUGUAUGGAGGCCACAUCAACCCAUUCUAUGGAAGCCGAUACAACCUCUACAAAGCUGGACUCAAUCCUCAGUACUCACCAAACAAGCCUAUGACCCGCCACAAAAACCACUGUGCUUACAUGGUUCAGAAGAACAUCACCUGCAUCCUCCAGGAUGGAGUGGAAACCUAUGUGAAGGCCGAAUACACCACCAAGUGCAUCUGGGGUCAGAAAUGCCCUGUAAUCAUGUACAGAACAUUUCACAGGCCAACAUAUAAAGUGGGGUAUAAGACUGUGACAGAACUCGAAUGGAAAUGCUGCCCUGGUUACUCUGGUGAAGCUUGCCAUGGUGGGCCCACAUCACUACCUGACAUCAUAGGUCCCCAUCGCCCCGGUAUUAAGGGAUUUCCUCAUGGACCAAGACCUCCAGUGGACCAGAAGCCUGGAGGAGCUCCAUUGGAUCCAGGCAAACUCUUCCCUGGAGGAAAACCUAACUAUGGAGUGACAGGUGAACGUUUGGACCGCAUGGAGCUGGACCUACGUCGCCUCACCCAGGGUCUAGAAACCCUCAAUGGUGUGGUGACUGGCCUCGAGGAGCGACUUCGAACAUCCCUCCGUGAAGAAACCAACAAAUUACUGGUGUCCCUGCUGACCAACCCUCCAAGAACACCGGACUCAACGGUGGGAUUCGGGGUGAUCCCAGAUGGAUUGGAAGGAGGAGGAACCAUAACUGGAUUUGGAGACUUAGCAGGCAGAGUGACUGAAGUGAGGGAUGAGCUGCGAGCCAAGUCUCACAUUUUGGAAGAAAUCCAGGGCAUGGUCAUAGGUCAUGAUGGCCAGCUGAAGAAACUGUUGGAUGGAGCCACCGGCAAACCCAUCCCUGGUCCAGGCUCAACCUCUUAUCUGGACGAGAUCUUGGAUAUUAAGUUAGCUGGUGUGAGAGCUGAGAUCCUCGACGGCUUUGAACGCCGUCUUACUGGCAUGGAGAACCACUGUGAGGAGAAGAUUGGGGAGAUGCAGCGGCAGUGCCAAAAGGAGCACUUGGAUGGCCAGGAGCAAAUGCAGCAAUCUCUGGACGGCAGAGAAACUGGCCUAAGGGAGGAGUUGGGCACCUUGCAAGCUCAGAUUCAGGGUCUAACUCUGACUGAGAGCUGUUGUGGACAGGUGAACAGCUUGUCUGAGCGCAUGUUGCGGCUAGAAGAAUCUGUAAAAGAUAUAACCGAAUCCCAGAGGCAGCUGCAGACGGUCCUCUCUGACCAAACCCUUCACAUAGAGACCCUAGUCGAGACACGUCUGGUGGACAUGGAAGGUAGACUGAAUGCCACCAAUGGUGAACCUGGUGGGGUUGAAGGGUUUCAUAGUGGUCUGGAUGGCUUCAAAACCUUGCUUGAAGACAAGUUGAAGACUCUAGAGGAGAGGGUGUUUGUGGCAGUGGAAGAACUAAGCAAUGCUACAACUCCUGCUCUACUGGAGGGUCAGGUGGUUCCUGCACUGGAGACAGAAAUUGACUCAGUAAGGAGGAGAGUAGAAGGAGACUUGAGUGGAAUUCAGAAACAGCUAUUAGACCUGGAGCUCCUUUGCACUUCCAAUUGUGCCCAGUCCACCCCACAAGAGGAAGUUAUCACAGACACCUUAACAGGUGAGGAAUGUAAAGGAAUGGAUAAGAAGAUGAUAAACCGUUUGGACUCCCAUUCUACCCAGCUGGACCACCUAAACAACACCUUGAAUAACCUGCUACUCCGCAUUGCUCAGGAGGAAUCAGAGGGCUCCGUUCAAGGAGAGAUCACCCUGCUAAAGGUCAACAUAAACUCUGUGAACCGCACUCUCAAGGGCCUGAAAGACUCUAUUAGCUUCAUUGCAACUGAAGUGGGCCAUGCUAACUCCUCGUGGGAGCAGAAGGAACAUCAAAUUGUCAACCAAGUGCAAGGAAUCACCAAACUCAUGGGCCAUCAGGCUUCCCUUCUUGGAGCAAGCGAGAGGCGAUUGGCAGAGCUUCGGGGUGAGCUAGCAGCUCUGAAGAGACAGUUGUCAGGGGGGCUACAAGGCUGCCGCAGCACAGCAAUGGAGGUGCAGAAAGAGGUAAAGGUCGUUGACAGCAGAGUAAGCCAGGUGGAGAGCCAGUGCAGCAGCCUUGGGGAACUUGCAGAGAACCUGGAAAGAAUCAGGGCAGAGCUGGAGAAACACUCUGUUGCCAUUCUGAGGCAGGUGAACGGUACAAUGACCUCUCAUUCAGAGCAGCUGGAUGAUCUGAAAGGUGACUUUGCAUCCAAGGAUGCCACCAAACAAAACAAUGACCAGUAGCAUUUAGGCUACAGUUUUUAUAAGAAAGACACUGUAUGUGUGCUUCUGACUAGGCCCAAGUGCCUUAUUUUUUUGUUUCUGUCUCUCUUGUUCAUAUAGCAUUUGCACAGAUGCAAAUUACUGCAACUGGUAAAGGCUAUCUCACAUAAGCAUCUUUUUCCAGUGGCUCCAGAUCUGCUAAACAAGAAAAACUUCUUUCCGAUUCUGUAACAUGGCAAAAAUAUUUCCAUAACUGUUUUUUGUAGGGUAUUUGUUUGUAUUUCUCUUGAGUAUUAUGAUUGUGUAUGUGCUAUCAUUUUAACUUAUAUGAAGUGACUGCAUAAUGAUGACGUUAAAAUGUUUUUAUGGAGAAAUACUAACAAAAGAGAAAAUGCUGCUACAGGUUUCUGCUGACAAGCAUACCUGACACCAUCCAUGUGGAUACUAGCCUUGUCUUUUAAAAAAAAAAAACAAAUACUGUAUGUCAACUUGGUGCUAUGUACAUUGUUUUUCAUCUUUGUUUUAAAUGUGUUUAAGAAUUGCUUACAUACAUAUCUGCUUAAAGAGUUGCCCAUAUUUCCAGACCCAUUGCUCUAAAUUACAGAGGUGUUCCACGAUUGACCAUAAGGGGACAGUGAGAGCACAUUACAUGAUAUUGAAAUCAAAAUGAAAAUGAAAUAAAAUCUGAAUUUUCAAGA